AGAGUGUUGUUAUCAAAAAUAUAUAUAUAAACCAAAACUUUUUAAAGAUCCUGAUAGUGAAUAUUAUAAUUAUUUGUUAAUAAAUAUUGCAAAACUUAAUUCACAAACAGAAAAUCGUGACUAUGAAAGACUUAAAGAAAAGAUAAAAAAUACUUUUGAUUUAAAUUUAUUAAAAACAGAAGGUCAAAUUGAUAAUAAAAUAGAAAAUUCUUUAACAUUAACUACAACUCAAAAAGAUGAUUUACAAAAAAAACAAAUUGAACAAGAAAGAAUAGUUCAAAGAUAUAACAAUCUAAGAGAAAAAAUCAAUGCUAAAACUAAUAUAGAACACCUUAGAGAUCUUCAAUAUUGGCAUUAA